AUGGGCUACGUGAAGGUUCUGAAGACGAGUGCCUACUUCAGCCGGUACCAGGUCAAGUACAGGCGGCGGCGCCAGGGCAAGACCGACUACCGCGCGCGCCUCAGGCUGUGCACCCAGGACAAGAACAAGUACAACACCCACAAGUACCGCCUGGUCGUGCGCUUCUCCAACAAGGACGUCACCUGCCAGGUCGUGUACGCCUCCAUCGCCGGCGACGUCGUCGUGGCCGCGGCCUACGCCCACGAGCUCCCCAAGUACGGCCUCAGCGUCGGCCUCAAGAACUACGCGGCCGCCUACUGCGUCGGCCUGCUGCUCGCGCGCCGCGUGCUCACCAAGUUUGGCCUGGCUGAGCACUAUGCCGGCCAGGAGGAGCCCGACGGCGAGGACUACAACGUGGACCCGGUGGAGGACGGCCCGCGCCCCUUCAGCUGCCUGCUGGACGCGGGGCUCAAGCGCACCUCGACCGGCUCCAAGACCUUUGCCGCCCUCAAGGGCGCUCUGGAUGGCGGCCUGGACAUCCCCCACAACGAGAAGCGCUUUGUGGGCUGGACCAAGGAGGAGGGCCUCGACGCCGAGCCUCCCGCCCGCUCUGCGCCGUGA